AUGUUGGCCACUGAUUUUUCUCGUGGUGCGUACCUGUGGGAGGCCCUGACAGCUGCUUCGAUGUCUCCUACGACGAUCGAGACCGCCACCCCUUCACGCGUGCUCGACAGCCUCGACCGCCAACAACAGGGUCGUGACUGGAAGUUGGCCGAUGUGUGGUCACCCACCACUGGCCAUGACGUGAAGCGAGGCGACCUCCUCAGCACGGAGCGCCUGGCCGACUUCGCCGCGGGCGCGGUGCUGGGCGUCGUCUUCGUGCUGGUCACCCUGGGCGUGGGCAUGACCUGCCGCCUCUUCCUGUGUCGAAGCAGCCGAGCAGUGAGGCCCCGAUACCAGGCCGUCGACAUCGUGGCCAACGAGGCCGACCUCUCCGUGGCUGAGACCGAGGCCAUGAUACCAGAGUUCAGCUACACCGACCUGGAGAGGGAGCGACUGCAGCGCCUCAAGGAAGAGUCGAGACAACAGCCACAGCAGAAGAGGAAGUGGUGGCAGAGCGGGCGCGGAAGACACGAAGAGCAGCCGACCAACCACCCACAGACCACCGCGCCGCAUCACGACGUGGAGGAAGGCCCCAAGGGGGCGCUCGAGGGCGAGGAGCGGAAGAGCUGCGACCAGACCCCGCCUCGCUCCCUGCUGCUCUUUGGCAAGUGGAGCUGGGCACCCGCACGCGAGCCUGCCGCCGAACACGGCGGGGCGCCUCUGGCCGUGACCCAGUUGGACGACGCCUCGCCUUCGCCGCCGUGGAAGCGACGUGCAAGCGACGUCGUACCGCGAUUGGACACCGCCUAA